AAGAGGCGGGUUGGGAAGGGGAGGUGUCUUGUCCAUUUAUAGUCUUGCUCUUUGAGAGGCUGAAGGUGCUGAAAUAGCAGCAAUGACAAGAAGCUUGGCUCAGUUUGAAAUAUCUGCCUUGCUGGCCUGACACAGUCUGAAAUGACAAUCGGGAGAAUGGAGAACGUGGAGGUCUUCUCUUCUGAGGGCAAAGGCAGGGGUCUGAAGUCCACUAAGGAGUUCUGGGCUGCGGACGUCAUCUUUGCUGAGCGGGCUUAUUCCGCAGUGGUUUUUGACAGCCUCGUGAACUUUGUGUGCCACACCUGCUUCAAGAGGCAGGAGAAGCUCCACCGCUGUGGGCAAUGCAAGUUUGCCCAUUACUGUGACCGCACCUGCCAGAAGGAUGCUUGGCUGAACCACAAGAACGAGUGUUCAGCCAUCAAGAGAUAUGGGAAGGUGCCCAACGAGAACAUCAGGCUGGCGGCACGCAUCAUGUGGCGGGUAGAGAGAGAGGGCACCGGGCUCACAGAGGGCUGCCUGGUCUCUGUGGACGACUUGCAGAACCACGUGGAGCACUUUGGGGAGGAGGAGCGGAAGGAGCUGCGGGUGGACGUGGACACGUUCUUGCAGUACUGGCCUCCCCAGAGCCAGCAGUUCAGCAUGCAGUAUAUCUCGCACAUCUUUGGAGUGAUUAACUGCAACGGUUUCACUCUCAGUGAUCAGAGAGGCCUGCAGGCAGUGGGCGUGGGCAUCUUCCCCAACCUAGGCCUGGUGAACCAUGACUGUUGGCCCAACUGCACAGUCAUAUUUAACAAUGGCAAUCAUGAGGCAGUGAAAUCCAUGUUUCACACCCAGAUGAGAAUUGAGCUCCGGGCCCUGGGCAAGAUCUCAGAAGGUGAGGAGCUGACCGUGUCCUAUAUCGACUUCCUCAACGUCAGUGAGGACCGCAAGAAGCAGCUGAAGAAACAGUACUACUUUGACUGCAUGUGCGAGCACUGCCAAAAAGGGCUGAAGGAUGACCUCUUCCUGGGGGUGAAAGACGACCCCAAGCCCUCCAAGGAAGUGGUGAAGGAGGUGAUACAGUUCUCCAAGGAUACACUGGAAAAAAUAGACAAGGCUCGCUCUGAGGGUCUGUAUCAUGAGGUUGUGAAAUUAUGCCGGGAGUGCCUGCAGAAGCAGGAGCCAGUGUUUGCCGACACCAACCUCUACAUGCUGCGGAUGCUGAGCAUUGUUUCAGAGGUCCUCUCCUACCUUCAAGCCUUUGAGGAGGCCUCGUACUAUGCCAGGAGGAUGGUGGAUGGCUAUAUGAAGCUCUACCACCCCAACAAUGCCCAACUGGGCAUGGCUGUGAUGCGGGCAGGACUGACCAACUGGCAUGCGGGUAACAUUGAGGUGGGGCACGGGAUGAUCUGCAAAGCCUACGCCAUACUCCUGGUGACACAUGGGGCCUCCCACCCCAUCACCAAGGACUUAGAGGCCAUGCGGGUGCAGACAGAGAUGGAGCUGCGCAUGUUCCGCCAGAACGAGUUCAUGUACCACAAGAUGCGUGAGGCGGCCCUGAACAACCAGCCCAUGAAGGUCAUGGCUGAGCCCAGCAGUGAGCCAGCCCCGGCUCUGUUCCAUAAGAAGCAAUGAGGACCUGCCAGGUGGGGUAGGGGCAGCGUGGCUGGGGAACUGGGGAGAGAUUCUGGAGGCAGUGGGUCGUCCAAUCAUUCCUUGAUGAGGAAGUCGGAGUAAUGCUCAACCUUGUCGCUGUGGGAAUGUACUGCCCUGUGUUCCCCUGUGUCAUUUUGAUUCAAUUCAACUCAUUUCAAUUCAAUUCAACUUUAUCCCAGCCCAGCUGAACACAUCCUACAAAUACUUAUUGGGUGCUAGACCCUAGAGAUAUAGAAGCUCCAAAUGUACUUGAGGAGGCAAAAUGUAAACGAACAAUUAAAGCACAUUAUAAUAAUAAAUGCAAUGGUAAACUCUAUGGAAGUGGGGGUGCAGAGGAGGGUUUGUGUACGCGUGUUUGUGUGUGCAGUGAUGGUGUCGUGGACAGGAUAACACCUGGGCUGAGGGUGGCAGCUGCCUGGACUCACCCAUCUUUGCAGGUGUCUAUGGGGCUGCUGAUCUCACCUGUGGUAUGGAAUAUUCAGAAUUUGACUGACUAGGACAGGUGAUGUCUAGUUUCCUCAGGUUUGUGUGGAGUUAUGAAGAAGGGGCUGUGUUUGGACCAUUUAGUUCUACUCAGAGAACUGAAACUUCUUCAGAAUGGUGCCUAUGCUCAAAGAAGUGAGGCCCAAAUCACCUGAGGCCUCAAUUUAAAAUUUGGGUUCCAAGUGUAAUUCUAGAAGUAUUUCUAGAACACACAGAGAAGGAAUGUCUCCCUUCUCCACUGUCAUUGCCAAGCCUUGUGGCUCCCUAUGAUGGGGGUGCUACUUGGACAAUAUAUGAGGUUUUUCUGGCCCUUGGCCCAGUAGGAUUGAAGAUGUCUUUUCAGCUGAGAGAGAAAUUUGGAAACACACACACCUGAUGUCCAGCAGAAUUGGCCUUUGGGAGUUUUACUUGGUCACAUGUGUCUGGGUGGUCUUUACCAGCUUAGACUUCAUUAUUCAUAAUCAAUGAUGCUCCAUUCUUAGUACUGAAUAGUUAUUACUUCCUUUGCUUAAUUUCUCUGCUGUCCAUGCCCUGGGGACUUGUGCUCUUCCCACUAGGAAGAACACUUCAAUCUGGACUCUUGUAUAUAUCUGGGUUAGGAUCUCUUCAGAGGUGUGACCAAUUUAUCCUCAUCUCCUGGGAGGCUGCUGUGAUUUUCAUGUGAGAAGUGAGGGUCUUGGGAAUCAACCAAUCUCAAGAUUGGCCUAUUAUCCUGUUAUCUUCUGAGACUCAGAUUUAUCAUCAAUGUUUUGGGGGAUCCUGGAACAAAGCCCUUCAGAUGGGGGGGUGUCAUCUAAAUUUCUACACAACCAGGGGCUAUGGUUGACCCCAGAGCUCCACCUAAAAUCUUGAAGUCAAGUGAUCCUACCAGGCCCCAUAUUUGUUAUCUCUGCCUAAAAUGCUAGUUCCUGUAUCCCCACCCUUUCAUUCCCCAGAAUGACCCAGUGCCUCCUCUGAACCCUGUCCAGGGGCUGAAAACUCUGCAAAUGGACCACCUUUUUGCAGAGUACUUGUACCUGACAUUUGGCUCUUCUUUGAGGACAUUCUCUUCUCUAGAAGGUUUUACAGGAAGGCUGCAUCUCGGUCUGUGUCUAUGCCCCUCCUCCCUCCUUCCCUCCCAGCCCAGUGGAAUGAGAGUCGACCCUUCCAAAGCUGAACUCUCCACCUGAGCUCUGGACCCCUUUCCCCUCCUACGUUCUCACGACCUUGCUCCGCCUAUUAUUCCUUCUUCAUUCUGGAUCCUAGACAUUUCUCCACCCACUGGUCUUUAAUGCAGUCAAUAAACAUGCUGAAGACUCUUGGAUCAUAAUCUCCAUAGCUGAGUUUUUUUUUUUUUUUUUUUUUUUUAGUUGUGUAGUGAUUAUCUGUCUUUCUUCACUUUCCAUUUCUUCCUGAACCUACUGAAGACUGGCUUCCACUCUGUUCUGCCACUAAAAUGGCUCUUACCGAGAUCAACUGUAGUGGGUACUUCUAAGUCCUUACAUUAUUUGGCCUCUCUGUACCCUUUGACAAUCCCAGCCCUGACUUCUGUGACCCCACUUCCCUGUGAUGAUCCUCUUGGUUUCUCAGGCUCCUUCACUGGCCCUGUUUCUCUGCCUGUACCUGAUAUGUUAGCAUUUCCUGGAGUUGGUUUUGUCCUUAGUUCAUUCUCCUCUUUCUGCACACAUUCCCUGUAGGAGGUUUGGAAGGCCCCUCGUUUAAUGACCACCUGAGGCUGGCGAUUCUCAAAUCUCUAUUCCCUGACUUUGCCCUUGAGCUCUAGCCCCAUACACUCUCUCGAAUGUUGUGCAAGCACGUCAAACUCAGCAUAUCCAAAAUGAAACUUUCUCUUUCCUUUCUCCCUUCCCCACACAUCUGUUCCUUCUCAGAACACCACCCAAGAACAUCACCUCCUCUAUCAGAUUGUGAGCUCCUGGAAGGCAGAGGCUGUGUCUCUUAAUUCAUCUUUCUAUCCCCACACCUAGCACAGGUCCUGGAACAUGGUAGGUGCACAGUAAAUGUGUGUUGAAUGAAUGAAUGAAUGAAAAAACAAAUGAACAAAUAAACAAAUGAAUAAACAAAUGAACUUGCUUAUCUCAGAGCAAAAGAGACAUGAAACUGUAUAAUCUGAGUUUUUAUGUUGGAGUGGUUAACAAAGCCCAUUAAAUCUUCUGUGUUUCCAAGAAAA